AUGGUAGGGCUGUAUGAAGGCAAAUACAAGAUACCCGAUUACCAAAACGGUCAUGCCUAUCUGACCUCGCAUCGAAUCUGUUAUGUCGGUGCUUCGGAACCUCGAAAGUAUUCAGUAGCCAUUGACCUAAAAGAAGUGGAUCGGGUUGAAUAUCAGGCGGGUUUCCUGAGAUCAUCGCCAAAGGUAGCAAUAUACCCAAAAACUCUUAAAAAGCAUACAGGGCCCAGUGCGGCUAGGGCGAUCGCACAUGCACCGUUGCCCACGUAUUCAGCCUCGCAGAGAGCUGCGAGUCCGUCAUCAGAAGCAUUUUCACCUAUAUCCGCAAGUGCAACUUGGGUCUGCCCAAUAUGUACCUUUUCUAAUCCCGUUCCUUCGAAUUUUGAUCCGUCUACUGCCACAGCGUCCACUCCCCUUCCACCAUGCUUAGCUUGCGGGAUCAAACCGCCUCUCACGGUCAUUCUCAAAGCUGCUAUCGCAUCGGCAGCAAACCGUGGCGUCUUGACAACGCCGUUACCCUUACCUACCCCAGCUCGACAGCGGCUUGAUACAGCUGGAUUAGACAGCAUUCGCGACGGCCACUUGUCUUCCGGACCCGCAAACCAAGGCCAUAUAACGACAUGCCCGCGAUGUACCUUUGCCAAUCAUCCUUCGCUUUUGGAAUGCGAAAUGUGUGGUUCGUCUCUGAAGCGACUUAACAACGCUACUCCCGAUCGAUCAGAUUCGCCGGCCUCAUUGUUCCUUACCUCUCAGUUAGAAAAUACAGAAAUAAAUGAGAGUAUGAAACUUUCUUUCCGCGGUGGUGGAGAAAAGAUCUUCCACGAGAGACUUAACGACGCCCUAGUCCAAAGGAAGUGGCUCCUCCAUGAUGCCCCUCCGAUUCCUCAGGCACCAUCUACUGCAUCACAAGCUGCGUCUAACACUGAAAGCGGUUCAAGUCCUACCAUGGAGGGGUCAACCCGCUUGGGCGGCGUUGGGAUUGCAGGGCUCGAGCGUCGUGGUUUUCAAACGAGAAAGAAGAACGAAGCAGUGAUUGGGAGUGCUUUUGAAGAUUUAGAAGCAUUGAUGGCAUCGGCUAAAGAAAUUGUUGCUUUGGCUGAAACCCUCGCCGCUGAAGCCGGUACGAAAUCGAAUGAUCCUUCGGUCGAAGCUAAUACCGUCAUUUCGCAAUCUGCUGCAGCGCUCGGGAUGAUAACAACAAAGGAUAUGCUUGGCGCUGGAAGUAGCUCUGAAAAUCUGUAUCUUUCUGAAUUGUCACGCAAUCUGGCCGAAUAUUUGACGGAUGAUCGCGAGAGUGUGCUUCGUCGUGAAGGCGGUAUUAUCAGCCUUAUAGAUCUCUGGGCUGUUUUUAAUCGUCGGCGGAAUGGUGUUGAACUUAUUAGUCCGUCUGACUUUUACAAGGCGACAGAACUAUGGGAGAAGCUCAAACUUCCUGUGCGUCUACGCCGAUUUAAAAGCGGGUUGCUGGUCGUACAACCACAUGAUUGGACGGACGAAAGAUGCAUCAGGCUGUUGGAAUCAUGGCUCAACGAGCUUCAGACACAGCCUCCUGCAGUAGAGGUUUACUGGGAUUGGACAACUUAUGGCAGGGGAGUGACGGCGCAAGAGGCAGCCCAGCGCUUUGGGUGGAGUGUCGGGGUCGCCGCUGAAGAGCUUGAAAUGGCCGAGGAUCGAGGUGUUCUUUGUCGUGAAGAGGGAAUCGAAGGCACUCGGUUCUGGAGAAACCAUUUAUGCUCUGGCAAUGAAGGGGAAACUAAAGCCCACAAUAUCAUGGGGUUGUUGGCGACUGAGCCUAUCUUGCAGAAUGCUACCGUCCGGCCGCUGUGGGCAUUAUCCCAUGGCCGUGUUGUGCUCAACCCAGCUUGCACUGCACGACACGAUCCCCUCAAGAAACACCGGCGGACAAUAGGAUGGUAUAAACGUGGUGGUGGCGGUGACUGGUAUUCUCGGGUCGAAGCAAAAUUGCAAAGACCUAUUGAGAAAGCAAACCAUGCGCCUCAUGGGGUGCGCCCACGAUCGGGAGGGUGCCGCUCGCGUGGCGGAAACAUCUGGGGCUGGCCUCGAUUCGGCACGUCAAAAUUCGAUAAAGAGAAGAAACUCGCUAAUGGCUGGUCAGCUUGGGAAUGGGAUCACUCCGCAUGGGAGAAAACCUUUUCUGCUGAACAAGAACGUUUUGAACGAGAGUUUGAAGAUCUCAAACGCCAAAUCGAUGCGGAUCCGUAUGGUGCGCUUUUCGGGGAACGCCUACGACGGUUACGUCCUUUUUCGCAUGGCCCAAAGGACGCAAGUCUCUCUUCGUUUUUUAGGUACAUUUUUGGGAUUGAUAACAGUGCAGCUUCAACUGGAAGAUGUUCCGCAGAUGAAGAUACUACUGCAUCAAAAAGGACGACUCGGAUGCAGAGGGACCUAACUUCAAAUUCACGCAAAGAGCCUAAGUUUCAGUUUGACCCUGUAAGUGGCCGGAUGAUACCAAAAAGCAUUGGAAAUACCAUUCUGGACAAGGAAUCCCUUGAAGCAGCGGUAAAUGACGUUGUUGAUAUUCCUCGCCCGAAUUCUGGGUCAAAACUGCCAAAUGAUAACAAAGAACGGCAUUCCUCGAUGGAAAUGUCUGAGCCGUCCGGUGCACUGGACCAAGAUCACAGCAAGACGCCCAUAGGUAUGAGGCAGCGGGGAAACCAAACUGAUGACCUCCCUGAUUUACACUCCAUAAACGGAGCUUUAGGCCAACAGAGUAAAGAUGGCGUAUGGUUGAUGGGUGGUCCACAGACGAACAAUACCGGCCCAAUCUUCACGACUAGGGGUACUUCUUACGCUGAAGACAAGGAACCAAGUGAUGCAUUUGCUUCACCUGUGCGCUCCGCUCAGUCGCUUUUUGCGAACUUUAAAGACUAUCUUUCCCCCAAACACGAGACACACAGGCAUCAAUCCACCAUGGAAAAUACGUCGGGCUCUGAAGAAAGCCAUUCCGGGGAGGCCCUCCGCAAAGGGCCGACUGUUUCUCAUAAUGCUCUAUACACCGAUCCGGAAAGACUCAAUAUUGAAACAUUACGUGCUAAUGAUGUCCGCGCAGCCUUUGAGCAGCGAAAGUCAGAGCUUGAAGCUCAGACAUGGGAAUCAAGGGCUGAUAUUGAAGCUGAUUCGCAACCUCUCAGGACAUCGGAAGCACAUGGAAUCCAAAGUGAAACAGUCAGUACGAGUCAUUGUGCUACGCCUCCUGUUACCAGUGCCGUUAGCGAUCAUACUAUUCGAGACAAUGAUGAAAAUCUUGUUAAAGAGAUUCGAACGAUCUACGAAAACGCCUACGGUAAGAUUGUUACGACACAGGGCGAAGCCCCUGGAGUUACUGGAACGGGCAGCCUUUCGUCUACUACGAGUGUCGAACAAUCAAAGGAGAGUGAAUUCAUUGAAAACUUACAAGCGCGCAUCUCCGCUCUGCUGUCGAAGGCUAGUGCGACUUUGGAUGAAGUUAGAAGCACCAACGAUGCUAUCAAAACCUCGUUGCAAGAUGCGUUCAAGAGUGCGACUGACUCCCAGUCAAAUAGCUUGACAGAUUACAGAGUACUUGCGUAUGACUCUUCAAACAUGCAAAUCCGAGAUGCCGGCAUCACGUCAACCUUCCCUCCCUCUUUCACACCUUUGCAUCCCAUUGAAGCUCUAUCUCGACUGAACACGCCAUCUAAAUUUCUCGGAUUUUUCCCUGCAUUGGCGGCACAAGGCUUCGAGAUUUAUUCUGCAAGUGGUGACGUACUCGUUUUCAAGAAAACACGAGAAGGCGGUUUUGAGGUAGCCACGAAAAACGAGGUUGAUACACCUGGUUCCUCUGCUAGUGAGUCUGUACAUUCACCGAGACAAGCUGCCGAACUGGAGGAGGAAGCUAUCGACGAGGUUGAAAACUACACAACUGGCUCCGGAACGAAAACGAAUCCCACGACGCGUCAACAGGAGAAACCCGCGACUUCCAAACAGCCCGAGCACUCACCGAGAGAAGCUGCACGUCUUGAAGAGGAGUCCAUUCAGGACUUUGAAGCCCAGAAGAGCAAAUCGCCGUCCAGUUCGACCAACGUGAAACCCUCUGCGGCUCAGAUUGAUACCGCUGCCGAUCCCUCCCAACAAUCCGUCCAUUCCCCAAAACAAGCUGCUCGGCAGGAACAAGAAUCAAUUGAAGACUUUGAAAGUACUGAUAACAGUCUUCGAUCCACAGGCUUGCAUAGUCAGUCGCCAACGCCUGUUACAGUUCGGCGGCAAGAGACCCAUUUCACAGGUGGGCCACCAAACUGGUCUCCGUACGACCCAAAUGCAGAACCCAAGGCUUCGUUGCCUCGUGAUGAGGGAAGAGUUGAGAAAAAAGGGGGAUUCUUAUCCUCCCUUCGCAAGGCCUUUCGCCGCGCGUUGCUCACUGGGGUGGCUACGGGGGCGACUUUCUAUGCGAUUGGCGUUGUCGCAGAGUAUUUUAGGACUGGAGGCCAGGAUGGACUGGGUCCAAGAGGAUUCACCGGCCUUGAAGGCAGUCUGGGGUGCACAUGGCUGACGCCUCCUCCAGCCUUGUAUGAAGGACAUGGUGACAUCGCCGCUCCUCCAAUAUUAUUGGAGCUCUCCUCUCCUAAAGAUAACGUCCCAAUUUUGAGAAAUCUUGGAGAUUCGUAUACAUCUUUCGCUAGGCCCUGCAAAGCCAACGUUUCUGGACAACCACCAAGCGGGAGAAGCCUUUUGGACCAGGCACAUCCGCGGAAGUCCGAUCUUCUCCGCUUCCCCUGA